UUGAGCCACCACGCCCGGCCGUAACUUUGUUCUGUAAUGUAAUGUUUAAAUGCACCUCUGUUUCUGAAUGUGCCUUGUUUCCAAAGUUAGUUUUGUGACCUUUUGACAAGAUAUGGAAGUAUUUUAAGGUUGCUAAUCCAUUUCUCACACCCUAACCCUUUUUAUUUUUGAUAGGGGGAUCACUAAAAACUUGAAGGCCGUGCCCUCCCUUUUCAAAAAAGCAGAAAAGAGAUUCAGGAAAUUUGAGUUCUGUAUUGAGAGGCAAUAGGAAAGCAACAAGGCGAACUCCUGCCUUCACUAAUUACCAGUACAGUAUUUGUAGACCUUUAUGUUACACAAUUUGUUAUGGUCUCUUAGAGAAGAGAAACAGUCUCUGAAAGUCCCCAUCUUAGGCUGUGAGAUAGGCCUACGCAGCUAGUCUUAGGUCGGUAGUUUUGUGUUUUAUUAUACAGUCAUCCUUCAGUAUCUGAGGGGAAUGGGUUCCAGGCCACCCCUCCCACCAGGAUUCCAGAGUUUGCAGAUGCUCAAGUCGCUGAUAUACAGUGAUGCAGUGUUUGCGUAUCACCUAAGUACAUCCUCCUGUAUACCUUAAAUCAUCUCUAGAUUACUUAUAAUACCUAAUACAAUGUAAAUACCAUGUAAAUAGUUGUUGUGCUGUUUGGGGAAUAAUGUCAAGGAAAAAAGUUUGUCAAAGCAGAUGAUUUUCUGAACAUUUUCCAUCCUCAGUUGGUUGCUUGGUGGGUUUCUAUGGGACCUGUCUUAGGAUGAGUGUAUUGAAGAUACCAUCAGUGACAAAUAAUGUGUCAUGAAAUGUCUGUGAUUUUGACUGAGUUUUAAGUUGUUUUGUUAAAUAAUAUUCCUCUUUAUGCCAUUUCCUAGAUGUAGUGGAACCAAAGGAGAGGGGCAAGCUCCUAGCCACCCAGACAGCAGCUGAAUUGUCUAAAAACUUAUCUUCACCCGGUUCUUACCCACCAGCUGCGAAUAAGGGCGGGAUGGUAGCUAGUCCCAGUCCCAGUGGCAGCGUGCUGUUCACAGAUGAAGGGGUUCCGAAAUUUUUGUCAAGAAAGACUUUGGUAGAGUUUCCACAGAAAGUUGUGUCUCCGUUCAGAAAACAGGGCUCCAACUCAGAAGCUCCUCGGGUGGGUCGGAAAGUGACGUCGCCUUCGUCUUCAUCCUCGUCCAGCUCCUCUGAUUCUGAAUCUGAUGACGAGGCUGACGUUUCAGAGGUCACUCCUCGAGUGGUGAGCAAAGGCAGAGGGGGGCUUCGAAAACCAGAGGCCUCUCGUUCCUCUGAAAGCAGAGCCCCCCAAGUUACAGUAUCAGCAAAAGAGAAAACCUUGCUGCAGAAGCCGCAUGCGGACGUCACUGGUCCAGAGAAGCCCCACCAGCCAAAGAAGAAAGGGCCACCUGCUAAGCCAUCAGAAGGCAGGGAAGACGCAAGACCAAAAACCACAGUGCCCAGAUCUCAAGCAGAUGAAGAGUUUUUGAAGCAAAGUUUAAAGGAAAAACAAUUGCAGGAAACAUUUAGAUUAAAUGAAAUAGAUAAAGAAAGCCAAAAGCCAUUCGAAGUUAAAGGACCCUUACCUGUCCACACAAAAUCAGGGUCGCCUGUACCACUGAAGGGCAGCCCAGUGCCUACUGUGCUGGCAGAAGAGGCCACAGCAGGGGGGCAGCUGCCAGCCACUCCUCCUGGGGCAGCAGAGGGGCAUCUGGAAAAACUCGUGCCAGAGCCCCAGCGCAAGGCGGCCCCUCUCCUACCCAGAAAGGAAACCUCGGGGACACAGGGAAUAGAAGGGCACCUGAAGGCUGGAGAGGCAAUUGUGGAAGAUCAGAUACCACCAAGCAAUUUGGAGACAGUUCCUGUUGAGCAUAACCAUGGUUUCCAUGAAAAGACAGCAUCGAAGCUUGAGGCCGAGGGCAAGGCCAUGGAAGACGCGGCCGCGCCAGGGGAUGACCGAGGCGGCACACAGGGUAUAUCUUGACUCGCGCUCCCAAGUGCCCUGUCCCUUAGGGUACUGAGGCAAAAGAACUAGUUUACAUAUGCUUGUAGAGCAGUGUUACAGUCAAUCAAAAUCUGUACUAGAAAUAUGGCCUAAUGCUGUCUCAGCCAGGCAGAAAAGUAUGUCUUAAUUAUGGACAAUCCACAUCUUUAUAAUCAG